GCCAAUCAGUGUCCGAGUUCUAAAGUCCCCACGCACCCACCCGGACUCAGAGUCUCCUCAGACGCCGAGAUGCGGGCCAUGGCGCCCCGAACCCUCCUCCUGCUGCUCUCGGGGGCCCUGGCCCCGACCGAGACCUGGGCCGGCUCCCACUCCAUGAGGUAUUUCAGCACCGCCGUGUCCCGGCCCGGCCGCGGGGAGCCCCGCUUCAUCGCAGUGGGCUACGUGGACGACACCCAGUUCGUGCGGUUCGACAGCGACGCCGCGAGUCCGAGGGUGGAGCCGCUGGUGCCAUUGAUAGAGCAGGAGGGGCCGGAGUAUUGGGACCAGGAGACACAGAAAGCCAAGACCCAGGCACAGAAUGACCGAGUGAGCCUGCGGAACCUGCGCGGCUACUACAACCAGAGCGAGGACGGGUCUCACACCUGGCAGAGGAUGUAUGGCUGCGACGUGGGGCCCGACGGGCGCCUUCUCCGUGGGUAUUGCCAGUUCGCCUACGACGGCAAGGAUUACAUCGCCCUGAACGAGGACCUGAGCUCCUGGACCGCCGCGGACACCGCGGCUCAGAUCACCCAGCGCAAGUGGGAGGCGGCCCGUGAGGUGGAGCAGUGGAGAGCCUACCUGGAGGGCCUGUGCGUGGAGUCGCUCCGCAGAUACCUGGAGAACGGGAAGGAGACAUUGCAGCGCGCGGACUGCCCAAAGACACACGUGACCCACCACCCCGUCUCUGAACAUGAGACUAUCCUGAGAUGCUGGGCCCUGGGCUUCUACCCUGCGGAGAUCACACUGACCUGGCAGCGGGAUGGGGAGGACCAAACUCAGGACACCGAGCUUGUGGAGACCAGGCCAGCAGGAGAUGGAACCUUCCAGAAGUGGGCAGCGGUGGUGGUGCCUUCUGGAGAAGAGCAGAGAUACACAUGCCAUGUGCAGCACGAGGGGCUGCCGGAGCCCCUCACCCUGAGAUGGGAGCCAUCUUCCCAGUCUACCAUCCCCAUCGUGGGCAUUGUUGCUGGCCUGGCUGUCCUAGCAGUUGUGGUCAUCGGAAUUGUGGUCGCUGCUGUGAUGUGUAGGAGGAAGAGCUCAGGUGAGAAAGGAGGGAGCUACUCUCAGGCUGCCUGUAAGUGGUGGGGGUGGGAGUGUGGAGGAGCUCACCGACCCCAUAAUUCCUCCUGUCCCACGUCUCCUGUGGGCUCUGACCGGGUCCUGUUUUUGUUCUACCCCAGGCAGCGACAGUCCCCAGGGCUCUGAUGUGUCUCUCACGGCUUGAAAAGCCGGAGACAGCUGCCUGUGUGGGACUGAGAUGCAGGAUUUCUUCAUGCCUCCCUUUUGUGGCUUCAAGAGACUCUGGCAUCUCUUUCUGCGAAGGCAUCUGAAUGUGUCUGCAUCCCUGUUAGCAUAAUGUGAGGAGGUGAAGAGACAGCCCACUCCCGGGUCCACUGUGACCCCUGUUCCCAUGCUGACCUGUGUUUCCUCCCCAGUCAUCCUUCCUGUUCCAGAGAGAUGGGGCUGGAUGUCUCCAUCUCUGUCUCAACUUCAUGUGCACUGAGCUGCAACUUCUUACUUCCCUACUGUAAAUAUGAAUCUGAAUAUAAAUUUGUUUUCUCAAAUAUUUGCUAUGAGAGGUUGAUGGGUUAAUUAAAUAAGUCAAUUCCUAGAAUUUCAGAGAGCAAUUAAAGACCUGAGAACCUUCCAGAA